AUGCGUGCAGGGCAACAGCGAGAAGCAGAGCAGGGGCAGCAACAGGCGGCAACGGGCAGCACAGGCUCGGGCAGCAACGGUCGGCAACGGGCAGCACACGCACGGGCAGCAACGGGAGGCGACGGGCAGCACAAGCACAGGCAGCAACGGGCGGCAACAGGCAGCACAGGCACGGGCAGCAACGGGCGGCAACGGGCAGCACAGGCACGGGCAGCAACGGGCGGCAACGGGCAGCACAGGCACGGGCAGCAACAGGCGGCAACGGGCAGCACAGGCACAGGCAGCAACGGGCGGCAACAGGCAGCACAGGCACGGGCAGCAACGGGCGGCAACGGGCAGCACAGGUACGGGCAGCAACAGGCAGCAACGGGCAGCACAGGCACGGGCAGCAACGGGCGGCAACGGGCAGCACAGGCACGGGCAGCAACGGGCGGCAACGGGCAGCACAGGCACGGGCAGCAACGGGCGGCAACGGGCAGCACAGGCACGGGCAGCAACGGCCGGCAACGGGCAGCACAGGCACGGGCAGCAACGGGCGGCAACAGGCAGCACAGGCACGGGCAGCAACGGGCGGCAACAGGCAGCACAGGCACGGGCAGCAACGCGCGGCAACGGGCAGCACAGGCACGGGCAGCAACGGGCGGCACGGGCAGCACAGGCAUGGGCAGCAACGGGCGGCAACAGGCGGCACAGGCACGGGCAGCAACGGGCGGCAACGGGCAGCACAGGCACGGGCAGCAACGGGCGGCAACGGGCAGCACAGGCACGGGCAGCAACGGGCGGCAACGGGCAGCACAGGCACGGGCAGCAACAGGCGGCAACGGGCAGCACAGGCACGGGCAGCAACAGGCAGCACAGGGAGGCAGCCGCUUAGUAGCCUAG